ACGCACAGGUGGACGCACUCACAGACGCAACACAGCAGGACAACAUAGUCUAAUCACCCGGUUACAGUUGUAAUAGGCACAAGUAUAAAUGGAGUCAGCAUUUCACAGAUGAGAGAAUUUAGAGCACAGACAUGAUGGAGACUGUAGUCCUGUUGUUGCUGAUCAGUUGUGCAGUGAGUGGGGCCCAGGACAAUCCGAAUGGGGCCAAACCUGUUCAGUGCUGUGAUGGUUCCAUGUUUAUGACUGUGGGAGCUCUGACAGAGAAAGUGGCAAAUCUCAUGGACAAAAUGACUCAAGUGGAAACUAAACUGGACAACACUGAGAGAGAGCUCACUGAACUGAAGAGCAUCACUCACGGUACUCCUAAAAUUGCCUUUUCUGCAUCUCUCUAUGAAACUGGCUCUGGAGACACGGGGCCAUUCAACACCCAAACUCCUCUGAAGUACAAGAAAAUCUACGCCAACUUUGGCAACAACUACAAUCCUGCUACAGGCAUCUUCACAGCAACAGUGAAGGGGGUCUACUUCUUCCGCUUCACAAUGUACAACAACGUCAAUUCAACUCCAAACUCUGUCCUGGUCCUGAGGAAGAAUGGUGAACAGAUAGUCUCUCUGUGGGACAUUUCAGGGACUGACGCCAAUGACACGGGCAGUAAUGCAGCAGUGCUCCCCCUAGAGGCCGGAGAUACUGUGUACGUGGAACUUCAAGCCAACAGACAAGUGUAUGAUGACACUGCUCACUACAACACCUUCACUGGGUUUCUGCUGUUCACUAUUUAGCUUUACUUAGCAUUUGUUUAUUAUCUGCAAUUAAGCAGCUGACUACAGUACAUAACAGAACUAAACCUACUAAUAUUUGUUGCUGGCUUUUGAUACUUUGCAACCUUCCCUGGGGUGUGAUGCUAACUGAAAGCACUGCUCCGUUAGAAGCUCUGUUACACGAAUUAGACUUCAUCAGAUUUUUAUUAUAACACAAUAAAGUAUGUCCAAAGAAAGCUCAUUUGUUUAGAACUACAACAGCUGAGAUGAUUUGUGCUCUUAAAGGUGCAUUGUGUAACUUUUCUGAUGGAGGGUCCACUACACGCUUUUCCCCAUGGAGACAUUAUUGCUUCACCUGGAAUGUUUCACAGUAUGAAAUUAAUAACCUUUUUAUCUACAUGGAGAACAAACCAGACCAAGUUACAGGUCAGAUCUAUGGACGGGCAAAUCUGCUCUCAAUCAGAAUGCCUGUUUUUCUAGGUAUUUUUGACCUAUAAAACCAUCUGUAGCUGAGUAAAUGUAAAGUAGAUCUGUUUAAUGUCACACUGUGGAACACUCCAGGCAGAACAGUGACACCUCCAUAGAAACAAGCAGGUGACCUACACAGAACCAUGGAUGCUCGUUUUGAUCACAGUCUUCUCAAAAUGCUUUUUAAAUCCAUUUUGAAUCUGUUCUUGAGUAUUCAGAUGAUCUUAUAACUGUUUUUGGGCAGUGUUUGCUAACGUGUGCAUUGCGUCGCCACAGAAACUGCUGAAAAUUCCAAUAGACAUGCAUUAUAUAUAUUAUAAGUAUCAAUUAAAGAAUCAUUUUAAAGAAGUUCAUGGCCGAUGUCUUUUGUUGGUGGGAGGAGAGAGGAAUAAUUGUUGCUUCUUCUAUUUUACUGUAUCGUAUAUCUUCAAAUACAAUAUUCCCUCUUUAACCUGCACUUAUCAGUGAGUUUCAGAAUAACAAAAUAGCACUGUUGUCAUAGCAAUCCAUAGCAAGUCCUCAAAAUGGCAUUUACAAACAGGAAACUGAAACCCAUGAAAUUGAAUAAAUGUCCAUGUUGAAUUGCUGAUUAUUUUCAUAAUUAUUAAUAAAAUUUAUUUGUAAA